AACCUGAAUCCAACAUUCUAUACUUGAGGCUACCGUGUCAUUUUUGCCUGUUUUUAUAUUUUGCUGCAACACGCAUUCUUUUCUGUGGGCGCUCACAGUACGUACAACACACACACACACACACACACACACACACACACACACACACAAAUAGAACCGCCAGAUAAAGGCUAAUACCCUGUCCAGGAACUGUCUGGUCCUGCAUCCUGUAAUACCAGCUGCUGCCUUCCAGUCAUACUGAGAUAGAACAGACAGACAGACAGACAGAUAUUGUUUAUUAUUUCUUCCCUCCUCUUUCUCCUCUCUGGAGGAGUCUCAUUAUUCGGUCUACUGUCUCCUCGCAUUUCAAAAAUUCUGAUUUCCUGAACGCACCUCGACACACUCUCACGCACACACACAAACACCUAAUGCUACAGACGAUGCUCUUGUGUAAGUGACAGGUGGAUACUGGAGAUACGAGGGAGGGCAACUGAGCACAGAGAAGAGAAGAGAAGAGAAGAGAAGAGAAGAGAAGAGAAGAGAAGAGAAGAGAAGAGAAGAGGAAGCAACACGAGAAGAAAAACAGAGACAAGUUGUGAUACUUCAACGGUGGCAGUUUUUUGGACUCAUGAUUAACGGAUGAAUGAUAUUACGGGAACCAUGGAGAGACAUGUGAAAAUGUACAUGCAUUCACACUCGUAAACCUACAUAGACUCAGCAGAUGCUUUUGAAAAGCAUCAGAAGGAUGGAGGGCCUUUGCUUUGAAGGACGGUGGAGAUGGACACAUCAUUUCCUUCUUGUCAUCUGGCUUUCACUGAUGACAGCCACUCCACCCAAAGCACUUGGCUAUUUCCUGGGAGACACUAAGGCAGUAUUAAAUGGCUGUGAGGACCACUGGACCCUGCAGGACAGGGCCACCAUGCCGCUGCUCCUUCAGAUGACUUUAUGUGUUGACAUCCGUGUGGUAGUCCCCGGAGCUUGGGUGGCCUUCUCUUAUAGCUCGGUCCUUACACCCGGACCUGAGCUGGGCCUGGAGGGAGAUGAUGAGGCACUGUAUGGGUGGCUGCUAAGGGUCCGACACAAAUUUCCUAUGCAGCUGUCCCCAACACACUGGCAUAGAGUGUGUCUGAGGAGGGACGUAUCGCGCAACUCCUUUAGCCUGGAGGUUGAUGGGAAAAUGGUGGCAGAGAGGACAGUCAUCGCUCGGGCCAUCCCCCCAAACGGCUCCCUGUUUCUGGGCUGCCAACCCAGGGAUCGACCCCCCGGAGCCGUCCUCGGUCAAGUGGAGUUGUAUCUCUUCCGCAUGUGGGCAGACCAGGGCAACCAUGGCCUCUGCGAGGACGGCACUGUGAUUGGCUGGAACGCUCAGUCCUGGGGCUUGACCAGUCCCAGGGCCGCGCAGAGAGACCCAAACCUCCUGUGUGUUGACCGCAGACAGUUGAGCCGUGGGGCACGCGCUUACAGAAGCAUAACUACCGCACUCCCAACUGGAUAUGGACGGUCACUCUCACUUCCACUUGAAACGCCUUCAACAACAACAACAACAACUACCUUGAGUUCUGUCAUACCUACAUCUGUCAAACACAUGAGCAACCAGAUGUCUCAGGCUACAGUUUCAACACCCCGUGGUAGCACUACAGUCAACAGCAAUCAAACAGAGCCUCCAUCUGUCACACCAGCAUCAGCCAAUCACAGCACAGACACAGACAAAAAGCCAUCCAACUUCCAGAAUUCAUCUGUUACACCCUCAACAAAUGGGAUCCCACUAAGCAUACCGACCCCAGUCAACCAGACCACAGCCUCCAACGCAGCUUUGCCCUUUGCUGCUGUUCCUGUGUCUGGCGCCAGCUCGGCCUAUCAGAGGUCAGCCAGUACCCAGACUUCUCUAAUCACAUCUCUGCUUGUCAACCAAACCACGCCCGGAAGAACACUCACAUUGGGUUCCCCAUUAGUAAAUUGUGACAUCAGCCAACUCUGUUCCAAUACCAGUGUUUACUUUUGGAUGUCCAUAAGUGUGGAGGCCCAAGGUGACAAUAAGACUGAGCAAGAUGUCGUCAACUUGGUGUCAAAUACAUUUAGUUGCCAAAGUAAUGCAGCACAAGGAGUAACAGGCUUCAUAGAUUUCUGUCAGGGUGACAGACAACUUCAGGCAGUACAGGUGAACUGCAGUGCAAAAAGUAACAUAAGACAAACAACCUGCAAUGUGCUGUUGAAGCUCAGCCACGCUGUCUCAGUGUGUGAACUGCAGCGCGCAGGAGUCUCUGCACUGCAGCAAGCUGGUCACCAGCAAAUACAAGCCACAAUCAUAGGAGAGGUGGAGAGAGUCGGUCGAGAUGUUUGUGGGGAUGUGGAGCCCUCCAGUGGCGGAUUUGUGAGGUGUACAUCCACAUCCUCCCUGGAAGAAAUCUGUCAGGCAAACAAUCACUCCAAGCUUACAUGCUCCCUCAUAGAUCCCAACUCCAACGCAGCUCCACAACCUAAUAAAUCCUGCAGCAGUCAAGCGCCUCGCUUUUGUGACUGCACCGCUUUCUGUAAUUCUGCAAGCCAGUUUUUUGCCAUGAGAAUCAAUAUUAUCAGUGCCUCUUUUAAUGUUAACGCCCUAAAAGUACUGCUGUCUGGACUUAGUGCAGCCCGUGCCUGUAACACAAUGUCAGGGUCAGUGUGCCAAGAUAUUUCAAAGCUCUACCAGCAUGCUCAUCUGGAAUGCCACGGGACACCACAGAGGUUGUACAGCUGCAUGGUGAUACUGGAGAUGUCUGGACCUGUCAAUGGUUGCGCCCUAAAUAUUCUUCUGCAACAAGUCAUUGACAACAACAGUGGCAUAACAAGCGAAACGCCACUUACACGCAUGGUGGUUUGUGGUCCUCCUGGUUUGACUGUCAGUACUCUGUUGAUAUCCAACCUGACCUGGGUUGCCAGUGACCUGCUGACUGCCGAUGUGUGCCAACCUGACCCCACUCUGCUUAAAUGUGAAGCAAAUGAGAGCCUUGCUGUACUUCUGACUGACAGCUGCCCUCCGGAGCCUUCCACAACCAAGCAAAGCAUGACGCAACCUUCCAAUCUGACCAACAGCACUACAACUCCUAAAGCAUUAACACCAUCUGUGACCAACACUACGGCGGCUGAAAAUACUCCAACAGUUCAAAAGACAAACACGUCACAAGGAACAGCUCAGCCUAACAUGACUACUCCACUCACAACAAUUAACGGUACACAGUCCUCAACAGCACAGCCUGUCCUCCAAACCAGCUCACAAAACACGACUGUGACUGUCUAUAACAGUACAAUAGUACAAAACACAACUUCAUCUAAUAACACAACAUUGUUGACACCCACUGAAAAUACAACAAUGCAAAACACAACCGCAGCACACCAAAACACAACAUUAUCCUCUGUCAACUCAACACUACAAAUGGCUACUGCUCUUAUUGUUUCAAAGCUUAACACAACUACAUUGUCUCCAAAUCACACAGCAGAGUACAACGUAACAACAGUCGGCACAGUUAUACAUUCUAACAAUCACACAACAGUGUACAAUGUAACUACAGUGCCACAUUCAACCAAUCACACAACAGCACACAAUGUAACUACAAUUAGAUCUUCUCCAAAUGAUACAACCAUGUACAAUGUAACUAGAGUUGACACAGUUAUACAUUCUGCCAAUCACACAAUAAAGCACAAUGUAACUACGGUUAAACCUUCAAAUGAUACUACAGCAUACAAUGUAACUACAGUCGGUGCAUUUACACCUUCUACAAAUGAUACAACAUUGUACAAUGUAACUACAGUUCCACCUUCAACCAAUAACACAAAAGUGUACAAUGUAACUACAAAUACACCUUCUCUGAAUGGCACAACAGGAUACAAUAUAACUACACCCGGCAUAUUUACACCUUCUACCAAUCACACACCAGAGUACAAUGUAACUACACCCAGCAUAUUUACACCUUCUACCAAUCACACACCAGAGUACAAAGUAACUACACCCGGUAUAUUUACACCUUCUACCAAUCACACACCAGAGUACAAAGUAACUACACCCGGUAUAUUUACACCUUCUACCAAUCACACACCAGAGUACAAUAUAACUACACCCGGCAUAUUUACACCUUCUACCAAUCACACACCAGAGUACAAUAUAACUACACCCGGUAUAUUUACACCUUCUACCAAUCACACACCAGAGUACAAAGUAACUACACCCGGUAUAUUUACACCUUCUACCAAUCACACACCAGAGUACAAUGUAACUACACCCGGCAUAUUUACACCUUCUACCAAUCACACACCAGAGUACAAUAUAACUACACCCGGCAUAUUUACACCUUCUACCAAUCACACACCAGAGUACAAUGUAACUACACCCAGCAUAUUUACACCUUCUACCAAUCACACACCAGAGUACAAAGUAACUACACCCGGUAUAUUUACACCUUCUACCAAUCACACACCAGAGUACAAUGUAACUACACCCGGCAUAUUUACACCUUCUACCAAUCACACACCAGAGUACAAUGUAACUACACCCGGCAUAUUUACACCUUCUACCAAUCACACACCAGAGUACAAUCUAACUACACCCGGCAUAUUUACACCUUCUACCAAUCACACACCAGAGUACAAUGUAACUACACCCGGCAUAUUUACACCUUCUACCAAUCACACACCAGAGUACAAUCUAACUACACCCGGCAUAUUUACACCUUCUACCAAUCACACACCAGAGUACAAUGUAACUUCUGCCAGCAGCAACAGAAAAGAAAACAGUACAUUUACCACUAACACAACAGUUAGCACAUUUACGACUUCUCCCAAUCACACAGUAGUGUAUAAUGUAACUAUGGCAACCAAGAAUUACACAACACCCUCCGACAAUUACACAACAGAGUACAACAUAACCAUAGCUGACAGGAAUAUGAACUUACCCAAUGGUACAAUUACAAGUAACGCAACAAUAAGCACAUUUACAGCUUCUCCCAAUCACACAAUGGUGAACAAUGUCACUACGCUCUCUAGCAAUUACACAACACUUGAGAAUAUAAACACUACUACUGUUUCUCAAAACAAAACAGCCACAGAUAACGUAACCACUGCACCCAUCAGGGAAACACAACAGAACACAACGGCCCCUUAUAAAAACACAACAAUGUCUACCACUGUUAAACAAGUUGAUGGAACUCCUAACAAUGCAACAAACAAAAACUCAACUGCGGAAAAUGUGACGUCUGUUUUCGACAACACCACUAUACCUACAGUUGCUCCACUGAACAACCAGACAGGAAAUCACACCACAGGAGGAGUGACCCACACCGUCUCAACAACUAGCAAAGACAACAACUUCACCACAGCGGCCACUGUUGUCAGUACCGUUGUCAGUACCGUCGUCAAUGUCAAUCAAACCACAGGAAUCAGCUUUAACCUGAGCUCAACUGCAAGCAGUUUAACCACCGACUUCAACCUGACAACCAAAGGACCAGAAGUCAAUUUGACAACUACAGCAGCUAACGCUUCCCUUGAAGCUACAAAUUCCACCACAACUACUACAACUGUGCAUGGUACACUUCCUGCCCAGAUUAACACCACGACUGCAACGGUUACCUCAACUUCUUCAACAACAACGCUCCAAACCACCACGAUCACCAACACUACCACCACAAAACCUGGAAGUACCUCCACAACCAUCGCAGAGACAACUACAAGCCAAACGGCCCGGGAAGAGCAAGCAAAUGAGCUGCUGAAUCAAACACAGGAUGUGUCUCAACUGAACUCCUCUCAGGUGGCACAGUUGGUAAGGAAGUUAGAGAAGCUUAUAGACGGCCCCACAGUCUCUCAGGCAGUGGGACAGAAGGUGGUCAACAUAAUCAGCAACCUUAUGGAGGCAGACUCACUGGCCCUCUCUGCCUCUGCUAACAGUCUGGUUCAGCUGGUAGAUGAUCUGGGUCUUAAGCUGGUUGUCACUGGUGACAGAGAGAUCCUCUCUUCAGGUUCGCUGGUUCUGGCAGUGAGGACAGUCGAUGGGACCAACUUUCCAACAACUUCUGUUGACAUUUUCAACACAGAUAAUGUCCAGCUCCGUGCCCUCAGUCGAUCCCGGUCCAAGAGGUCAGGGUCUGCUCUGGGGUCUGUAUUUUUGCCCUCCUCCCUCACCACUGGGCUCAGUCCUGAGCAGCAGAAGCAGGCCAACAGGGUCCAGUUCACCUUCUACACCAAAGCUGCCCUCUUCAAGGAUGCAGCAUUAGAUAACAAAACCCUUGUCAGUCCAGUCCUGGCCGCCAGUGUGACCAAUCUGUCAAUAAGCAACCUGAGUGAGAACAUUCAGUUUACCAUCCAAAACAUCAACCCUAUAUAUGCAAACUACGCAGCCUCCUGUGCAUUUUGGGACUUUACUCUGAAUGGUGGUGGAGGAGGCUGGGGCUCUGCAGGCUGCUUUGUUGUCAAUUCCACACAGGAAGAAACAACCUGCAGCUGCAACCAUCUCACAUCCUUUGCAAUUCUGCUGGAUUUGUCCAGAGAGGGAAUAAUUGACCGUAAACAGGCGCAAAUUCUUACUUUCAUCACCUACAUCGGCUGUGGAAUCUCUGCCAUUUUCCUCGCUCUCACCUUACUGACAUAUCUUUUAUUUGAAAAACUGCUGCGGGAUAUUCCUGCAAAGAUCCUGGUCCAGCUCUGCCUAUCCCUCCUCCUCCUCAACCUGGUCUUCUUGCUGGACGGCUGGCUGGCACUCUACCCAGCGGUCGGGCUGUGCAUUAGCACCGCCUUCUUCCUGCACUACUUCCUGCUGACAUCGUUUACCUGGGCAGGGCUCGAGGCCCUGCACAUGUACCUGAGCAUCGUCCGGGUGUUCACUCCCUACCUCAGCAGAUACAUGCUCAAGUUCUCGCUGAUAGGCUGGGGCCUUCCGCUUCUCGUGGUGAUCAUUGUAAUAUCAGUGGACAAAAACAACUAUGGUCUGGUCACAUAUGGAAAAUAUACAGAUGGCACUUCAGAUGACUUCUGUUGGCUGCGUAAUGACAUUGCCUUCUAUGUGGGCGUGGUGGCCUACUUCCUCCUGAUCUUUGCCCUGUGCCUGCUGGUCUUCAUCGUGGUUAUGGUCCAGCUGUCCCGGAUCAAGAAGCAGAACCCCCAGAACCAGCCUCCCAACAGGGGAGUGAUGACAGAUCUACGCAGCAUCACUGGCCUCAUCAUCCUGCUUGGCCUCACUUGGGGGUUCUCCCUGUUUGCCUGGGGACCCCUCUACUUACCCUUUGUUUACCUUUUCACCAUAUUCAACUCUCUGCAAGGAUUCCUUGUCUUUGUUUUCCACUGUGCUGUGAAGGAGAAUGUCCGCAGGCAGUGGAGAACGUAUCUUUGCUGUGGGAGUCUGCGAUUGCCUGAGAACUCAGAUUGGAGUCGGACGGCCACCCAGAACAACAGAAAUAUGUCAGCUACCACAGCAACCACCUCAGCUCCCCACUUCACCUCCCGAAGCUCCUCCGUCAUCAGCAAUGUCACCAAUAGCAGCGGCUCUGUGUUUUGGGACAGCGGAAUAUAUGACGGAUCCAACAGCGACGCUCACCUCAACGAGAUUCACAGACAAAAUCUGUCACCGUAAGGCGAGGCCUGACAACUGUGUCAAGCAUCCAUUUGUGAUUACAAUAAUUAUCUACUCUGAGAGAGCCGAGAGGACACGGCCAGAGAUUAGUGAUCUCCUGCAGCCCGAGUAAACAGAGAAAAUAAUCACAGGAGUGAUUGCUCACGAAAAUCCUCAGUGUUGCACAAGAUGGUUUAAUUGGUGUAAUGAAGGACAGAAGAAGUGAGGCUGAAGUACCUGAUGAUUAUGAUUACUGCUUGAGUACAAGUGUGACUCGAUGCCUUUUCUACAUUAACAGUAGAAUAUAUUAACACAGAAAUAAUGUAAGAGACUUUGUUAGCAGUGGGAAGUGUACAUUAGGUGUGUUUGACUGAAAAAAAAAUUAUUUUACUGUUACAGCUGUGAUUCUGUGUUUGUGCAGACUAUAGCUUGUUUCAAAGCUUUUAGAAUUAUUACUGUAAACAAUGAAUAUGAUGGUAACAGUGUUUUUUUUUAUAUUAUGACAUGUUAAAGACAAAAAAUUGCAUUUAAUUAGUAGCCAAAAACAAACCGCUGUCAACAUUUUAUAGAUUUUUGUGAGGCUAUUUUUCUGUCUUUUGGCAUAUUUCCUUUUUUUACACAGACAUAAAUGGGAAAAUGAAAAUAUUUCCAGUGUGUUUACAAUGCUCCACUGACUAUUGCCUCUAUAUAUUUUCACUACGGAGUCCGAAUCCCAAAGCACUCUGGGCACUACCUUUAGUUGAGACAGGGUGCAUUGAAGGAAAAAAAAAAUUGCACACGCCAAAGCUCAACUGCUCAAUGUUAAUACAAAAUCGUUUUUGAGGGUGUAUUCCUCCUUUUAAUGUGAGAAAAUGCUUUAUUUCGCUACAGCACAGUGUUGAGAUUACACAGAGUUGUUAGAUUGUUCUUAUAUUUGAGAUUAUUUUGCGUAUAAUAUACAUGAUGUAUGGUCAUGCAGUGUGCUGGAGCAUGAUUAAGAGUGAGGACACAUUGUGCUAAAUGUCCUAGUGCAAGAUUAGUGCAUGCCAUGAAAGAGGAGAUAAUAAAACUUCUAAUCAUUA